ACCCUAAAGUUCAUUCUUUCAAUAUUUGUUAUUGCUUGUUGCUGUUCCAGUCAUCUACUCAACACUCGCUCUGGUAUCUACUUUUAACUCUCUAGCAGUAUAUGCCUCACUGAAGCUGGAAAAAACGGCACGAAACCAAAAUAUCUGAGAUCCUAUACGGCUUCCUGUCUCAUCGUUUUUUCCCUCCUUUUCUCUCACUUUCCGACGUUCCAAGCACCUUUCUUUAUGUCCAUUACCACCGCCACUCUCUUUAUUUCCCCGCCACCCUUCACCCACAAACGCCCCUCUCCCUCCAUUACCACCAACCUCUUUCCCUCUCUUAAGUUCAACUCUGUUUUCACCAACACAACCUUCAAACACAAUGACCGUCCCUUCAUUGUGAAAGCGGACGAGGGAGACGCCGACUCUGGGGGACCCGACGGCUACGAUACGGACGAGCAGGAAGUCGAAGAGGUAGAUAACAAGAAGGAUUACGAUGUCGAGUACGACCCAUUAGCCGCUGCUUCUGCUGCAGCUGCUGGGGAUGGGGAGAUUGCUAUGGUGCAGAGCAAGAGCUUCGUGCACUCGCAAGGUUGGGACUCGGAGAUGGUUGUGGAUUAUCGUAUAAACGAGGAUGAGUUUCAUAAGAUUAGCUUACUGGAUUGCGAUUUUUUUAUAAGGAGGCCACCGGACCCGGAUAAUGAUGUCUAUGAUUUCAGGGAGAUGUAUGUUACACCGCCAGAUACAGAUGUUUAUGCGAUUCCGAAGGUUCUUGCUCCAAUGCCUCAAAAGUAUAUUCGCUGUGCAAAGAGUGACUAUGGUUGCUACAAUGUCACAGAGCCACCCAUUGAUGCACCUCGAGAUCCAUUGUAUAAAUCUGAUAGGGAGAUCAUGAAGGUUUUCCUGACAAAGCACUACAGAAACAGGAGAUUGCAUGAUCCAGAGUUCGUGCUAGACUUUGAAGAGAUCUACGUUAUUGAUUCUAAGACAAAAUCAAUAUCCAGAGCAAAAGUAGUGGUUACAGUUCCAGGAGGAAGAAAUAGAGACAGAAAAAGUGAUUUACUUGUGAUACGCAAUAAUGGAACCUUCUUUAAAAUUGUUCAUGCAAGUGAAAAAGAUGAUCCCACGACUGUAAUUGAGAGGGAAGAGUGGGCGAAGACCAGAGAAGACAUGGAGAAACAUCUUAGGAAGUUGCGGGACUUCAGUGUUUCAAAUUGGUUUUAAUCGAUCAAAAAAAGAAAAGGAAGAUUGGAGGUUUCACAAUGGUCAUAUUCAUAAGGAACAAAGAAAUGCAGAUUUGAGCUUGGAAUUCUACAAGAGGUAGGACAAUAUAUCGUUUCUGGAACUUUUGAAUAUGAAUUUCCUUUUGACCAUGUGAAAGUUGGUACUGUGAUUUGUAUAUGGUUUUGUUGUGUAAUGGCAUGUUCUUCCUUCUACUAAA